CGAUAGGGAGUUAACCGCAAAUGAAUGAUCUUCAUCACUUAAGGCCCGCCAUAACUAUACCAUUCCCUUUCUCUAAAAGGACAGGGCACUUUUAGAGGGAAGGUCAUUACUUCAUUUUUAGUUUUUGUGAUUGUCGUUGUUUCUAAUCGUUAUGGCACCCAAGGAACGUAGUAAACCCAAAAGCCGUUCGUCUAAAGCUGGUCUUCAGUUUCCCGUUGGACGUGUGAGUAGGUUUUUAAAGAAUGGCAACUAUGCAGAAAGAGUGGGAGCUGGAGCUCCCGUAUAUCUAGCGGCUGUUUUGGAAUAUUUGACUGCAGAAGUAUUGGAACUUGCAGGAAAUGCAGCCCGAGAUAACAAGAAAACUCGUAUAGUACCACGUCAUAUUCAGUUAGCUGUUCGUAACGACGAAGAACUGAAUAAACUACUGGGCGGUGUUACCAUAGCAUCGGGUGGAGUUCUUCCUAACGUUCACCCCAACUUGCUUCCUAAGAAGAAAGCAAAGGAAGAUAUGCAGUAGAAGCUGACUUCAGUCGGUGUUUUUCAACACCGCUUUUCAUAAGAAACUUGUCAAUUCUCAGCUUUGGCCGUUGUGAGUUUUGGUGGACAGUUUAUGCAAAUAAAGCAAUUUUAUUCCUUUUUACAUCUGAAGAUAGUUACAUUUACGU